AUGGAGCCAACUGCAGGUCCAGAGCUCCCGAGCCAAAUUACAUGCUUUGAGAUUCUCCCAAGGCUGCCGUCCAAGUCUCUCAUGCGCUUCAAAUGUGUAUGCAAGUCUUGGUCUUCUCUCAUCUGCGACCCUUCCUUUGUCAGCGCCCAUCAAAACUUGGGAUGCAACAAGAACACUCACCUCCUCCUCACUGCCUGGGACAAACCCACAACGCAGCGACACUUCUUCUCCUUGGAAAUCAACCAACAAGGAAGUUUAAUACCCGUCCAUCUUCUAAGCCUUCCAACGCUGCGAACCAAGAAUGAACAUCUCUACCAUGUGCAAAGCAUCAACGGCUUGGUCUGUCUUUACCUUCAUAACACCUCAGUUCCCAAUCAAACCGAUCCUGAACACCCCAUUCGCAUAUUUAACCCCUCCACGCGAGAGUCUAUCACUCUUCCCCAUGCUUCACUUGCAUCACACACUACCAAUGUUGCACACCAUUUCGGGUUCAGCCCUCUUACAAAUGAGUAUAAGGUUCUCCAAGUGCAAAAGCUCAUCCCUGAUGCCUUGAGGGGUAAUCAUUUUGUGUUCAAGAUAUUCAAAUUGGGGACAAGUUCAUGGAGGCGCAUAGAGGUAGACCUUAAUGAUCUCCCUUUUGAUCCUCUUAACUGCCCGUUUCAUAAGCGAAGUGUUUGUGUCAAUGGGGCUGUACAUUGGAUGCAUUGGACAGAAAAUGUCAUAGUGGUUUUCGACAUUGGAGAUGAGAAAUUCAAAGCAAUUCCACUUCCUGAAGAUUAUAAUUGUUUUAUACAUCGUGUUGAUUAUCCUAUUGGGAGCAUAGUUGAAGUGGAUGGAUGUGUGGCUCUAAUAGGUGACAAGCGGUUGAUGAGGAUGGGGAUGAUAGGGUUGUGGAUAUUGAGGGACUACCAAAAUCAGGUUUGGGUGAAGGAGACCAUCUCUUUUCCCUUUCAUUGGGAGAAAGCAGGGUACCCCGUUCCUUUUUGUACCAUUCACACAGGUGAGCUCCUCCUCCACUCUUCUAGGUUAAGCAGACAUAAGCCUGCUCAUCCGAGGGUGCUUCUAUACAAUAUGGAGAGCAAAAGUUUUAGAGAAAGUGAUGAAAUUGUUUUGCCCCCAGAAUCAACAUGUCUGAACGUUGUUCGAUUGAAGUUACUUGCUAGUUAUGACGAUAGCAUUGUGCCCUUAACUAAGAUGAGAUAUGGCAUAUCUCAUCAUCAAGCUUCAAUUCAAAUGGUUCACCAAGAAAAUGCAACUUGUUUUUGUGGUGUUCUUUAG